CCUACCGGUGCGGUUUGUCAAUCCAGUUAGCGAAGUUUGAAUAGGACGGCUUUUGGCGGAGAUUCACUGUGAUUUGCACGAUGGGAAAAAUGAAACUGUACUACUGGACAGGUUACAGAUCAGUAAGAUGUAUUUGGCUCAUUAAAGAACUCGGCGUGGAGGAAGAUUUUGAAUUUGUCAAACUAAAGCCGAAUGGACCGGAUAAAAAAGCGCUCGAGGAUUACGCCAAGAACGUGCAUCCACAUGGAACGAUUCCCGCCUUGCAGGUAGAAGGACGUAACCCUGUCGUGGAAUCGGGAGCCAUCUGCCUGUUCUUGGCAAACAAAUAUGGCCGAUUUGGACCCGAUGAUGAUCAUGUAUCUGAUUAUUACAAUUGGAUAGUGUAUACCACUUCAACACUGGAUGCUACGCUGGCAGUGCUAUUUUCCCGAUGGUAUUUGAAUUCCUCUGUCUACGAUGACGCCACGGUGGAAAAAACACUGGACAAAUGGAAAGCCAGCCUUGAUUUUCUAACCAAAGCACUGGCUGAUGGCCGAGACUUCAUUUGUGGUAGCAAGUUCACGGCGGCUGACUGUGUGCUGGGGUACAGCUUGGCAUGGGCGGAAUUUAUCAAACAACAAAAUCUGUUCGCGCACCACCCAGUUGUAGUGAACUAUUUGAAACGACUUUAUUCACGCUCCGCGUUCCAAGAAGCACUAAAAUACGAGUGAUUGUGGGUUUUUACGAAUAUAUAUGUAUGUGUUGUCGAUUUACUAAAAAAACAACAACAAAAAACCCAUGUCAAUGUCUUUGAUUUGUAUCACAUUUCGACUAAUUACCAGCAUAUUUUAGGGUUAUCUGGUUAGGCCAUUGGUCUACAGGCUGGUAGGUACUGGGUUCGGAUCCCAAUCGAGGCAUGGGAUUUUUAAUCCAGAUAACGGGUAGUGAAUAGGUAUCUGGGAGACCAAUAGACAAGGUUUCAGAUAGAGCUAUA